AUGUCACCCGCUCGAAGAAGCAACAAGAAUAAAGGCGGUGGUCUCAUCAACACACUUAUAAACAAACUGCCGAUCGAGCUUCACGUGCCUGGUUAUCAAUACUGCGGGCCUGGUACAAAUUUGAAAAAACGAUUAGCUCGAGGUGAUAAAGGUAUAAACCUACUGGACUCUGCUUGUAGAGACCACGACAUAGCAUACGAGCGUAGUAACUCUAUCACAGAUCGUAACGAAGCUGACCAUAUAUUAGAACAAAGAGCCUGGGACAGGUUCAAGUCAAAAGAUUCUAGUUUAAAAGAAAAAGCUGUAGCUUGGGGCGUGACUACUGCCAUGAAGGCAAAACGAAAAAUCGGUGGAGGUUGUGGAUACAAAGUGGCGAUUAAAGCAGUCAAAAAUGUUAUCAAGAAAAAUAUGGGUGAAAAAAACUUGUUGAAAUUGACCAAAAAAUGUUUAGCUGUUGCACGAAAAACAUUUAAAACUAAGAAGACAAAAGUUCCACGAACAAUAAAUAUUCCGAAAAAAGGCGGUGUGUUACCACUCAUACCGAUUUUCACCGGGUUGUCAGCUCUGGGAGCCCUGACUGGAGGCGUAGCCAACGUUGUGAAGGUUGCUAAUGAAUUUAAUAGAAACACUCCAUCGCAUUUAGGCAAAGGGCUUUAUCUCACUCCGUAUAAAGGCAACUCAUACAAAAUAGAAACACCACAAAAAAGUGGUGGGAGUGUAAUAGCGAAAAAAUAUAGAAAGUCAAAAAACUAA